CAGCCUUGUGGAUGGCCCCGGAGCAGGCCCGAUGGAAGAGGAAAGAAGUCACCAUGAUGAGGGCAGUAGAUUGAGUCCAUUCCUAAUACAACCAUUGCCUGCUUGCCAAAACAACCCAACAAAGCUACAAAAUGGAGAGCUACCAAUGGAAAAUGCCCCACCCCAAGUUAAUGGAGAAAGCUGUUUACCAACCAAAAACAGCUACAGUGUCCUCCACAUGAAGGGAAAUCAGGAGUGCUCUGACCUCACACAUGGAAACAGCGUGUAUCCAAAUAUACAUAAUGGUGCAAUAAAGCGCACACUUAGUGAGCCUUUGCUAUCUGAUUUCCUCCAACCGAAAAAAAUCAAAGCAGUUGGGGAAGAGAAUGGAGAAAAUGAAGGUGACUUAAAUUGCAAGUACAUCCAACAAAGUGUGUCUGACUUCUGUAGCAAAGACGAAGCUGUGAGAACAAGAAAACAGGAAAAUCCAAGAGUUCAUGUUCCCAGUGAGCAGAACAAAGAUCUUAAUUCCCACAAUGACAACAUUGCCUUAUCUAAUAAAGAUAAUGCAAUGCCUAAUGGUGCUACUGUUUUUGCCUCUUCCAUGAAGCUUACACAUGCUGAACUAAUAGAGAAAACGGGAUCGCAAUAUUAUCCUGAAAAUGUUUCCCUUGCAUUGCAAAAUACCACACCUCACUUGGUUGCCAUUAACACUCUAAAUGAUGCUAGUAAAGACUUGUCUACUCAAACAAGUCAUUCUUCACAUACCUCAGGGCAGAUCACUUCCCAACUAACCUUGAACUCGGUGCUGCCUCAAGGGCCAGAUGCCUUGGCUACUGAGGCUCCUAACAGUGACAACUGCAGCGAGCCAGAUGUAAAACCAGGAAGCUAUACACAUCACAUGCAAGAAGAGCAACCACUUCCACAGGAGAAGCCAAAAUGUAACUCCCAGGACAUACCUGGAAGAAACUGUGAUGCUGGUGAGCCUGAUCAUCAGAUUUACUCUACCAGUGGUUCUUACCACCUCCAGAAUAACAAACCUGAUGAAAGGCUUCCUGAGUCUUUCAGUAAGGAGCGUUUAGAUUUAUUGCAAAUGAGUAAAUUAUUAUAUGCCCAAGGAACUGACAGUUACCGUUCCAACCCAAACAUAUGUGAUGGCAGUUUUUUAAAUUCUCAGUCCAAUGGAACAUGUCAGUCAAUUGAUCCAAGAAUGACUUCUCAAUCAGAUUUUAUGCUUGCUCAUAAUAGCAGAAUAUUGUCUACCAAUGCACUUCCUUUACUUCACUGUUCAGCAGGAGGAGAACCACCUUCAGAAAACAGUGGGCAGAAAAAAAUUACCUUUGAGAAUCAUUUAGAAAAGCAAAUAGAGCAUACCAUGCCACAAAAAGGGAGAGAUCAUUGUAAUGGAACAUCUGAACGCAGUAGGGGUAUGGAGGAGCAAAGAAACCCGUACCUGAAGUCAAACUGGACAGACUUUCGCUCCAAUCAUUUUUUGAAGGAAGAAGCCGCAAAAUCAGAAGACUUACUAAAAUUAUUAUUGAACUCUCAGUCAGAAAAUCAAAAGAGGCUUAAACAAUAUACAAGAAAACCGGGUAGUGCUAGUCAAAAUAUAGAGAGUACUGUGCCACUACCACAGCCUCAAGGACACCAUUUAAAUUUCCAAAAGCACUUAUCCCAGGCAACAGGUAGAGAUACUCAACAGCAAAGCUAUGAUCUUAAAAACAAAGGUAUUCCUUUUUAUCAGUCAUUUUCAGAUAGGUUAACUGGGCAUAUGUUUGACCAAACAUUAAAACAGCACUUAAACCCGCAGAAAGUGGAACAAACACUGCACCAACAGGUUCUGCAUUCAAAACCUUCAAGUCCCCAAUACCACCAGGACCAACUUUAUCAUCAGAGGCCAAAUCAUGAUUUUACAAUGGGAAUGGAGCAGUCGCCGCACAGUCGUAGCCAAACUCUGUUCGGUAAUGCACCAAGUAGAUCAAGCCCACAAAAUCACAUAAAAUUAGAGGAGAGCAGUCAGUGCCAGAAUUUCCAUCAAUACCAUCAGGAUGUAGAGAAGCAACAAAAUUCAAGCAAUGCAAAUAUGCAUAUAAAAGGGCAGUAUAUACCUGAAAAUAUAGAGCCUGGUAAAGGUAAAAUGGACACAUAUCAGCAGUACUAUCAAACAGAGCGGUCUCUUCAGCAUGGCUACCAAGAUCAAAAAGGCAACAGCAAUAUCCCCAUUAUGAAUCCCAGCCAACAGCCAGCCCAGGAGUAUGGUAGACAUUGCCAGGAUAUUCAGACCCCAGAUAAACAAAAUAGAUAUUUACCACAAAGCAAUACUUCUACUCCACUUCCACAAGAUCAAACAGGAUAUCAUUCUCAGUUUGCAAAUCAGAUGAAUUGUAUUCCAAAGCAUGCCGCUUUAAGGCAUCAUUUGCUUCAGCGCCAGGAGCAAACAACUAAACAUGAUGGUCCCUCUGUACAUAGAGCUUCCAAAGUGGAGAACAGCUUACAGUCUGCCUGUGCGCGUACACCCAGUGAAAAAAUAUCCAGGAAAACAAUCAAAGAAGAGAAUCAGCAUUUCAGCCUAGAGAACGCACAAAAAAAGAGUAUUCUUGAAAAAAUGGAACAGCAGAUGAAACAGUAUCCUACCAAAUCAAUGUUUCACAAACAUGUGUCUACCAUUAGAUCACCAAAGCAUGUAAAGGUGGAGUCUUCAGGUCCAGUGACAAUUUUAACAACACACACAAACUCUUCUACAGGAGAUCACCAUGCCCAUCCAAGUGAAAAAACGCCAACCAAGAGAGCAGCAGGCUCUGCUCUGAAUAAUUUUUUAGAGUCUCCUUCAAAGCUUCUUAGCACCCCUGUCAAAAACCUAUUUGAUACUCCUGUAAAAACACAGUAUGAUUUUCCAUCAUGCAGCUGUGUUGAUCAAAUCAUUGAAAAGGAUGAAGGACCAUAUUAUACUCAUCUUGGUGCUGGACCGAAUGUGGCAGCCAUUAGAGACAUUUUGGAAGAAAGGUUUGGCCAGAAGGGAAAGGCCAUCAGGAUUGAGCGAGUACUUUAUACAGGGAAAGAAGGGAAGAGCUCUCAGGGAUGCCCAAUAGCAAAAUGGGUCAUUCGGCGGGGUGGAGUGGAGGAAAAGAUGCUGUGCUUGGUGAGAGAACGGGCAGGUCACUCCUGUGAAACGGCGGUUAUUGUGAUUCUGAUUCUGGUAUGGGAAGGCAUAUCUCUAAGUUUAGCUGACACGAUGUACUCCGAACUAACAGGAACACUAAGAAGAUAUGGAACCUUAACAAACAGACGCUGUGCUCUCAAUGAGGAGCGUACUUGUGCUUGUCAGGGGCUGGACCCCGACACCUGUGGUGCCUCGUUUUCCUUUGGGUGCUCUUGGAGCAUGUACUACAAUGGGUGCAAGUUUGCCAGAAGCAAAAUCCCCAGAAAAUUCAAACUUCUUAGUGAUGACCCAAGAGAGGAAGAGAAAUUGGAAGACAGUCUGCAGAAUUUGUCGACACUAAUAGGACCAAUUUACAAGAAACUUGCACCAGAUGCCUUUAACAAUCAGAUCGAGCAUGAACAUAGAGCCCCAGACUGCCGCCUUGGUAAGAAAGAAGGUCGCCCUUUCUCAGGAGUCACUGCCUGUUUGGAUUUUUGUGCUCAUUCCCACAGAGAUUUGCACAAUAUGCAAAAUGGGAGCACACUGGUUUGCACUUUAACCAGAGAAGACAAUCGUGAAAUUGGUAAAAUGCCCGAAGAUGAACAGCUUCAUGUGUUACCUCUUUACAAAGUUUCUAAUGUAGAUGAGUUUGGCAGCAAGGAGGCACAGGAAGAGAAGAAAAGAACAGGUGCUAUCCAGGUUCUGUCGUCUUUCCGCAGGCAAGUGAGGAUGUUGGCAGAACCUGUCAAGACAUGCCGGCAAAAGAAAAUGGAAGCAAAGAAGGCAGCAGCAGAGAAGCUCUCUUCAUCCCAGGAAAAUAACUCUAGUAAACAUGAAAAGGAGAAAAACUCACGUUCUAAGAAUGCACACUCUGAAGCUGCUAAUCAUGAAAAGCAACUAGCAGAACUUAUGCGACUUUCAGGACAAGCCGCACAGCCAGUCUCCAUUCCCACCUCAAGUCGUCCAAACCCCAUGAAUCCAUUUCCUCCAACAGAUCCAACUAACCCUUAUGCAAGAAUUGCUACCAUGGCAAACACUUAUCAAAAUGCUUCUUCUACCUAUGCUGGCUCUAACCACUCAGAUUACUUUCAUGCUCCUCCAAACUCUACAGUCUCUUGUGCCUCCACCCCAGUAAACCCUUACCCGGGAUCCUUAAAUCAAAGUAGCCCUUGUCCCCAAUAUCCAUGCAAUGGUAAUAUUCCUUUGGAAAACUGCCCACCUUAUCUCAAUCCUUAUCCUUCACAUCCACAGAAUAUGUUUCACAGGUUUAAGAAUCAAGAACCAGCAGCUAAUCUUAAUAUGCCUCCAGUUCAGUCCUUAUACCAGCAGAAGUUUGCUAAUGGUAAGGCUGCCUACGGUCAAAAUUAUAUGAAUUAUGGAAGCCAAAGCAUGCAAGCUGAGGAUUUCAAUAGCUGCAAUUCUAAACCAAACUCUCACCCUAUGGGAUCAUUUAACCCUUACUCUGUGCAUCAAUCGGAUAAUCACAUAAUGGGUGCUGUCUCAAAAUCUAAACAUAAUCUUGGUUCCUCGGACUACCCCCCUCUAAACAGGAAUGGUGAUUACCCUCCUUCACACUCCUUCCCGGGUCAUGAAAGCAAUGCAUCUACAGAAGGCAGGGCUGGCCCUCUGCAUCGUAAAAACAAUGACAUGCAUUUACAUGCAAUGAAUGGAAUGCCUGAAGUGUAUCCUGGUCUUAAUCAUGACAGGACUAACCUUGGAGGACUUGGUAGACCAAAUGGUGCUAAUGUUCAGGAAAAGCUACCACAGACCUCAACUCCUGUGAAAGAAGAGCCAGAAGAAAAAUGGUCAGACAGCGAGCAGAGCUUUCUUGAUCCUGAUAUAGGAGGAGUGGCAGUAGCCCCAACUCAUGGGUCAAUUCUCAUUGAAUGUGCAAAGCGUGAACUUCAUGCUACAACUCCAUUAAAGAAUCCCAAUAGGAAUCAUCCUACUAGGAUUUCACUAGUAUUUUAUCAGCAUAAAAGUAUGAAUGAGCCAAAGCAUGGCUUGGCAUUGUGGGAAGCAAAGAUGGCGGGUAAAGCCAGGGAAAAAGAAGAGGACUGUGAAAAAUAUGGUCCAGACUAUGUUGCCCCAAAAUCCUACAAUAAAAAAGUGAAACGUGAACCCGUUGAACCAACCCAUGAACCUGCUGAACCAUCCUAUUUACGAUUCAUCAAAUCGCUCACACAGAGGACAAUGACAAUGACCACAGACUCACAAGUCACCACAUCUACAUACGCCUUAACACAGGUUACAGGUCCUUACAACAGAUAUAUCUAAUCUGUUUCUUUACCUCAUGAACAUCAGAGUGGUGCAUCAUUUUCCCAUAGGCUAGUUGUGGUUGUUUGGAAUGUGGCAGAGAAGUUACAGUAUUCAAGUAAUCAGUUAUGUUACCCUUGGGGCAAGAAUACCAGCAAAAACAAGACAUGGUAUCCUCACCAUCACUCUCUUCUUUGACUCAUAUUUGGUCACAGAACAUGUCAAAGAGGAGGGUACUAUCAUCCUAUGCAAUGGUGUUCCAUUCAAACACAAGUUUUAUUGGAUGAAGCAUAAUAGUAUUUUGUAUUGUUCUCCUUAUCACAUCAUAUAUCUGUGACCACAUUUGUAAAACAGAUAUGUUUAGUUAGGAGCCAGAGAUAUACUUGCUUAGUGUUACAACAUCAGGAAUCUUACAAAGACCUUGCGGUGCUGACUUCCAAGUUCCUAAUGUGCUAAAUGAUACUGGAAUUGCAACUUUUUAACCUAGGCUAUAUAAUCGUAAUAAUGACCUCCAAUAUUCUAAAGUAGUAUAGAUUCACAGAUCACUAUAUAUUUAAUUGAAACACUGAAACUAUUGGGACAUUCAGAAAAAUGGUGCUAUCAUGUGUGUCUAUUAAUAAUGCCUUCACAACACGUACAGUUCAGUGAUUAUACACGACAUAUUACGUGAUUCAUUUUUAAUUUUCAACAAAAGUACACUUUUAAAUGCCAUUUUAAAGUAGUUGUUUUUAUAUUUGUCCUUUUAAAUGUAAUUUACAGUUUAAAUAGUAAUGAGCCUAAUAUGUAAAACAAAUAACUUUUUGCAUUGCAUAUUGAUUUAUAUAUACUUUUUUUUUGUUUGCACUAUUGGUAAAUGAGCAGGUAUGUAAAAUAAAGUAUAUUUUUUGUUGACCUGGGCCAAACAAUGAUAGAAAACAUGUCCUAUAAAUUAAAUAGCUGGAAUAUUACCAGCCAUGAAUUGUUUCUGGACCUGCAUUUAUCUGCUUAAUUAUUUAUUAUUGCUAGAACCAAUAAAACAAAUGUUAGGAGUUGAAAUUUGGUCCCUAAUAUUUAUUUUUCUCUGACAAAAUGAAGAACAAAUAGUUCUGAUGAAAUAUUAUAUAGGCAGUUCCUUAUCUGUUGAAGUAGAUGUAAACCUUAAUAGGAUAACAUUUAGGGCACAUUCACACCUAUGUAUUUUUGCAGUUGCACUUCAGUGCUCCAAGGCAAUGCACAAGCACAAUGUAUGCAUUCUUGUUGCUGAAAAUAGUGCAUGUCCAUUUUUCGUCCAUUCUGGAGCAUUGGCAACCCAUCUGAAUGAUUUAGCCUAAUAGCUUUCACACAACACACCAGAAUGGAAAGGUGUAAAUGGGCCCUAACUUUGCCACUAGAAACAUUCUUUUAUCUUUAUACCCAGACAAGGCUGACAAUUACCAGGGCAAAUGCAGAACAUUAGCAAAUAGAUAUUGACUUCACUUGAGGGACGAGUGUUGGCCAUGGUAAGAGAAAUUAUGAUAAAAAUCUAUUAUAUGUACAGAAGGAAUUGAGAGCCAUUUCCUUUGUUAUGUAAAAUGUACACAAUAUGCAAAAUGUACACAAUAAUGCCCCAAGUCACAAACACCUUUGUUAACAGUUAAAUGACACAUACUUACACAUUAAUCUAUUUCAAAUAAUAACUACUGUCAUAAAGGGCCCUAUUCAGCACAGGGGCAGAAAACGAAACUUGAUAUAAUAAAAAAAAUUGUAUACAACCUUGUGCAUAUCAUUGUUUGGCUCUAGCUAUGCAACAAAGCAACUUUAUUAAUUAUACCUCAAGUAAAUGAGGAGGAUCCUAAACAACAUAUUAAUACUUAGUAUUAUUAUUUAUAGUAUCCAUUAUUUAUUGUUAUUUAAAAUACUUAUCAGCACUUAUAGUUCUACCUCAGCAAGCUUGGCUUUCACCAUCUAUCACAUCCAUUGGUAACGGAUACAUUCAGUAAAAUAAAAUUGGACUCAUUUAUAAAGACAAGAAAAAAAAUGAGUUUGUUGCUCAUAGAAUAAAAGCAAACACCAUUGUUUUGCCUUCGCUUUUAUGAUUGAGUACAUUGGCAACACAAUACAGAAUAGUACUUUAUAGAUGGCUUGGCAGCACAGUGGAAGCUUGGGUCAAGAAAUAGCUGCAUAAAGGUAUUUUCCAUAACAAUAAAUAGCAGCAUUACUGUUGAUUUGCAAAAUGAAAUAUUGUAUGAAUUAUUACAUUGGUGUACAUCAACUAAUAAUUUUUGUUACUUCCAUGCGGACUUAAAUCUAUUGGAUUAUAUAUAUAUAUAGAGAUUUCCUAAUCAUGUACUGUCCUAAAUAUCCAGUCCACAAUCUGCAGAGACAUAAAGGUAGUGUCCUCUUUCAGAAGAAUCCUAUUAUUGUAAUUAUUGAAGCUGUUACACCUGUAUGAAUGUUCAUAAGUUUUAAAUAUCCAACUGUUCCAAUAGGACUAAUCAGCUGCCAUAUUUGAAAGACUUUUCCUUUGAUGAGUCUUUUAUUUUAGUGUACGUAAUACAUUUUCUGCCUGAAGUUGUUGGUGGACUUACUGGACAGGUGAAUAAUCCUGCUGGAUUAAAUGUGGAUGUUUAGAAAUGAAAAAAAGUAUGCACACAUAUAAAGAAUACCUUCAAUAUUGUUACUGUUAGCUGAAAUGCAUUUUUUUUGCCUUCUUGGGAGAAUAUUUGUUCUUAUAUACUAAUGCUGUAAUUGCAGGGUAUAAUAAUUUGUAUCCUUAUAGCUAGAGUGGUGGAAAUGUUUAUUGCCUGCCAAAGUUUUUUUCUUUCAAUAUUAUUUCAUUUAUGAGGUUUUUUUAUUUUGACGCAGUUUACAUAUAAGCAGAAUAAGCUUUUACAUACAGUACCAGCUUGGCUGCAUAUUUAGGACUGGAUAUAUAUAGAAGACAAGUGGUUAUAACUGGGAGGAAAA